CAAACACUUUGGUUUAUGUCUUAUAGGCCAGAACUUAGUCACGUGGCCUUAUACAACUUUAAGGGAGACGUGGAAAUAUAGUUCUGUUUGUGUUUGAUUUUUUUUUCCUUUUUAAAGAAUUUGAGGAAUAAUUUGCAUAAAGUGCAAUGCACAGAUCUUAUACAGUUUGAUAAGUUUUGACAGGCAUACACCCAUGUAACCCACAUCCCUAUCAAGAUAUGGAGCAUUCCAUCACCCCCAGAAAUUUCCUCCUGCUGAGGGGGCUUUUUAAAAAAAAGAAAAGAAAAAACCCAAAAGAGAAAUAAUGAAGGUUUAAUUAGGGUGGUAGCUGUGGGAAUGGAAAGAAAGAGCUGGAGAGGCUGUGGAGGGAAAAUCCAAAGCAGACUGGUUGGAUGUGAGAGGAGAAUCAAAGAGAGUGCUGAUAGCAGAACCAGGAACAGAAACAGGAGGUUGGGAGUGAAGUCUAGAUUGUUGCAGGUGGGAUGGAAGGAGAAAGAGGAAUGAGUACGGUAUUGUGUGUGUUGAUUUGCGGUGCUGGUCAAACAUCCAGGUGGAGAUCCCCAGUACACAGUGGCGCCUAGAGCUUAGGAGGGCAGUCAGAGCUCAAUGGCAUCAUGGACCAGAGAGAUGCUUAAGAGGACAAGACCUAAGAAGUGAUCCAAAAUAUGGUGACUGUGAGCUCACUGGACCUUUGAGGGAGCAGAAUCCAGAUACCCAAGGCCUGAGUGGGCAGUGAGGGCUUAAAUCUUGCACAAGGGGAUUGGUAGGGUCACCCGAAAUAACUUAAAAAGUCUUUUAAAAACUGAAGUCCUGGGACUUCCCUGGUGGCGCAGUGGUUAAGAAUCCACCUGUCAGGGCGCUUCCCUGUUGGCGCAGUGGUUGAGAGUCCGCCGAUGCAGGGGACGCGGGUUCGUGCCCCGGUCCGGGAGGAUCCCACAUGCCGCGGAGCGGCUGGGCCCGUGGGCCGUGGCCGCUGGGCCUGCGCGUCCGGAGCCUGUGUUCCGCAACGGGAAAGGCCACAGCGGUGAGAGGCCCGCGUACCGCAAAAAAAAAAAAAAAAAAAAAAAAACACCUGUCAAUGCAGGGGACACGGGUUUGAGCCCUGGUCCGAGAAGAUCCCGCAUGCUGCGGAGCAACUAAGCCCAUGCGCUACAACUACUGAGCCUGUGCUCUACAGCCUGCAAGCCACAACUACUGAGCCCGUGUGCCACAACUACUGAAGCCUACAAGAGAAGCCACCUCAACGAAGAGCAGCCCCUGCUGGCUGCAACUAGAGAAAGUCCGCGCGCAGCAACGAAGACCCAAUGCAGCCAAAAUAAAUAAAAAGAAUUUCUAAAAACAAACAAAAAACCCGAAGUCCUUGCACAAACAUAAAAUGGGUGUAUGUAGCUGGUCUUUUGACAAUUUUGUUGAUGAAAGGAGAAAGGAAAUGGUAAUGUCAGAGGAAAAGAUCAGGGAUUCAUCCCACCCUUACAGUGAAAUAACCUGUGCUCUUUUCAGUUAACUUAAGGACAGGGUGAUGGGACAACACCCUCCCUCCUUUUGGGUAUAUGACCUCCAGAAAAUCAAGCUGAAGGGCUGGAUAUGGGAGAGGGAUACGACCUUCGGCAGCUGCUGGGUUGCGGUGGGCCAGCCAGACACUGCCAGGAUAGGUGUGAGGACACACAUAUCUUUAAGAGGAAAGACCAGAGCGCAAACUGGCUGGACUCAGGUAGUCCUGGGUUUGAAUCCUGUCUCUGUCACCACCUAGCUAGAUGACCUUGAGCAACUUACUUAACCUGAACACCCAGUUCGUCAUCUGUAAAAUGGAAACAACCAUGCCUACCUUUCAAGGUGGUUUUGAGGAUUACAGACAAGUGUCUGGAACACAAUACGUAGUCGUAAAUGGGUGCCAUUAUGUGGCCCAGCCCCUCGCGAUGGGACCGAACGGCUAACGGACAGGUCAGAAUCUCAGGGCAGGGAGCGCUCCCGCGGCCUCCUCCCUCCAGGAGGUGGGGACAAGGUGGAGGAAGGGCUGCGGGAGGAGGAGCUGGCGCGCGUCGCGACCCGCCCCGUCCCGUCCAGUCUGGCCUGGGCGCUGAAGGAACUUUCGGUCCUAGCCGCUGCCACCCAACAGCCGGUCCUGGGUGUCCCGUGACCUGCGCCCAUCCAGUCAUGACCCUGCGCCCCUCACUUCUCCCGCUCCGUGUGCUGCUGCUGCUGCCGCUGCUGCUCAGUGGGGCGGUGUGCCGGGCUGACGCUGGGUUCGAAACCGAAAGUCCCGUCCGGACCCUCCAAGUAGAGACCCUGGUGGAGCCCCCGGAACCGUGUGCUGAGCCUGCUGCCUUUGGAGACACGCUUCACAUACACUACUCGGGCAGCUUGGUAGAUGGACGCAUCUUUGACACUUCUCUGACCAGAGAUCCUCUGGUUAUAGAACUUGGCCAAAAGCAGGUGAUACCAGGUCUGGAGCAGAGCCUUCUAGACAUGUGUGUGGGAGAGAAGCGAAGGGUAAUCGUUCCUUCUCACUUGGCCUAUGGAAAACGGGGAUUUCCGCCAUCUAUCCCAGCGGAUGCAGAGCUGCAUUUUGACGUGGAGCUCAUUGCACUGAUCCGAGCCAACUACUGGCAAAAGCUGGUGAAGGGCAUUUUGCCUCUGGUAGGCAUGGCCAUGGUGCCAACCCUCCUGGGCCUCAUUGGGUAUCACCUAUACAAAAAGGCCAGCAGACCUAAAGUCUCCAAAAAGAAGCUCAAGGAAGAGAAAAGAAACAAGAGCAAAAAGAAAUAAAAAAUAAUUUUUAAAAA